AGACCGGGGCUACAAUUAACAGGGGUAAGUAUUAACAAGAGAAUUUCUCGAGAACUAAACAAGUUAAACCUACACCACGUGGUUCAAAACGCCAUCUAGAUCACGCCACAUGACUCGGCAUUGCCCAGUUGUGCUCCACGCGUCCUGCAAGACGCAUGUGUACUGUAUCAAUUUAUUACGCAGAAUGAGAACGUAUAAACGAAAAACUAUUCGAGGAACCAAAUCCUUAGAAGUCUACGAGUUGGCUGCAAUGGAAGUGAUAGAAAGAAAUAGAAAGUAUAGAGAAGUAGCGAAAGAGUUUGAGCUCUGUCACGUUUCACUCUACAACUUCGUGAAAAAAAAGAAAUCGGGUGCACAAGCAGUAGUAGGUUACCAGAAAACCCGCUUAGUCUUCAAUGCUGCACAAGAAGAAAUUAUUGCAGAAUAUUUGUUGAAGUGCUCCAAUAUUUAUUUCGGAUUACUACCCGAAGACGUAAGGCGAUUAGCAUAUCAAUGUGCUAAAUUUUACGAUGUUGAUAAGGUACCAGAGUCCUGGCAUGUUAACCAGAUGGCCGGUAAUGAUUGGUUCACUAAUUUCAUGAAGAGAAAUCCUAAGUUGGCAAUACGAAGCCCUGAAGCCACCAGUUUGAGCAGAGCGACUUCAUUUAAUAGAACUAACGUUCAAAAUUUCUUCGAGAAAUACAGAAGCGUACUAGAAAGAUACAGCUUCCCACCAUCUCGAAUUUGGAACGUUGACGAAACAGGUAUCACAACCGUGCAGAAGCCGAAGAAGAUUGUUGCUGGCAAAGGCACAAAGCAGGUCGGUGCGGUAACAUCUGCUGAAAGAGGUGUACUAGUUACACUUGUAGUAGCAACAAAUGCUAUUGGCAAUGCCAUACCUUGUAUGUUUGUCUUUCCUCGUAUUCGUUACAAUGACAUAUUUGUUAGAAAUGGACCACCAGAAUGCAUAGGAGUUGGUAAUCAAUCGGGCUGGAUGACUCAAAAAGAGUUUGUGAAAUUCAUUGAUCAUUUUAUUCAUCAUGUGAAGCCGUCAAAAGAAGACCCUGUCUUACUCUUACUAGACAACCACAGCUCACAUGUGAAUGUAGAAGUAGUUAACAAAGCCAAGGAAAAUAAUAUAAUUCUAUUGUCAUUCCCACCUCAUUGCUCCCAUCGCCUACAGCCUCUUGAUGUUGGAGUGUAUGGUCCACUUAAAAAUUAUCUAAAUAGAGCGCAAACUUCUUGGAUGAGUAGUAAUCCCGGAAAAACUAUGACCAUAUAUGAUCUCCCUGGUAUUGUUAAAGAUGCAUUGCCUCUGGCAUUGAAUCCGAGGAAUGUGAUAAACGCAUUUAGGAAAUCUGGUGUCUGGCCACUCAACGACGAAGUCUUCCAAGAUUCGGACUUUGCGCCAUCAUAUGUCACGGACCGUCCUGACCCGACGAAUCAAGAUUUUUCAUCGAAUUCAAUUAAUUCUGAACUACUGAACGAUAUGCCCGAUUUGGACAGCUCAACUGUAGUUACUGCGCACGUGUUUAAUGGGCCAGUAGCUGGACCAUCAGGUUUGCAGAGGGAUUCUAAUGAUUUCUCCAUUGAAACUGUAAGACCUCUGCCAAAAGCUUCACCACGAGCUCCAUCCAACCGUAAGCGGGCUAAAAAAUCUGCCAUUCUCACCGAUACACCUGAAAAAAAUGCGUUGGAAGAAGAACAACACGUUAGAGAACUGAAAAAGAGGAAAAUGGAGGAAAGAAAACAUAACAAAGAGAAUAAGAAAGAAAAAGGAAGAGGUAAAGGAAAGGGGAAGAAAGACGAGAAAAUAGAAAAGGCAAAAAAAAGAAUAUUAAACGAAAGCAAUGAUUCUGAUGAAGCAGAUGAAUGUUUUUGCAUUGUUUGUGGUAUGUUGUAUAAGGAUGAUUUAUCAGGUGGUGAUUGGAUACAAUGUAUCUCUUGUAAAGAAUGGGCCCAAGCUGGGUGCAUCAAGGGUGAUAUCACAUCAUUCCUUUGCUUGAAUUGUGAUUCAGAUGACGAUGAGUACGAAUAGUUUUUUUUAUUUUUAAUGUAGUCUAUAAUACUCAGCUAUUUUAUAGUUAUAGUUUGAUAAUAAAGUAUUAUUUCAUUGU